AUGGAGCAACAGCUGGCAGCAUGUCUUGAAGCAACGCUGUCUGCGGAUGCUGCGAUCAGGACACAAGCCGAAUCCCAACUAGAAUCCUUCCGCUCCCCCGAACACGACCCUCAAGGUCAAGCCGGACUAGGGUUCACCAAGGUGUUGCUGGACCCGUCUUCUCCCAUCCAUAUACGACAAUCCUCCGGUAUUGCUCUUCGCAAGUACAUCACAGCACGAUGGUCACCCUACUUCGACGGCUUCCUGGGUGCUGCCGUCGACGUGUCAGUCAAACAGCAGGUCCGAGUAGCUUUGCUCAGCGGACUGUCGGAUCCUGUUCGCAAGAUCCGACUAGCUACAUCAUAUGCCAUCUCCACCAUCGCAGGACCUGACUACCCCGACGAGUACCCAGAUCUCCUCCCUUACAUCCAACAGCUUCUGCAACAAGGAGAGCCGAACGGUUUGCACGGCGCCAUGGCACUCUUGUCCGAGUUUGUCCGUGUCGAGAUGGACGAGAUUCAGCUCAUUCAGGUCGCGAAGGAGAUCUUGCCAGCUCUGGAACAGGCCUUGGUGCAAGAGGAGCGCCACAAUGCAUACAUUCGAGCCAGAUGCGUUCUCGUCUUUCGCCAAUGCCUGACAACUCUCUUCAUGGUCAGGGAGACUUACCCGGACGUGGUCAAGCAGGCAUCUCAGACUAUGCUUCCCCGCUGGCUUACCCUGAUGCAGUCUUUGCUUGAGCGGGAUGCUGCACAGCAACUUGGCUCAGGCCUGCAACAGGGAUGGGGUACGCUUGCACUCCGCAACGAGAUCUUCAAGGCGCUCAAAGUCGCCGCCAUGUUCCGUGCACAAUUCAAGUCCCACCUGCACACAUUCAUCCAGUCCUCGAUAGCAAACCUCGUCUCACUCUUGCCGCCUUUCCGACAGUUAUACCUUUCCAACUCUUCCGAACUCGAUGCACCAUCGUCCGAAGAAGGCGACGACGAUGUUGCUUGCGACAUUCCAACGUUGGCAUGCUACAUCUUCGACUUCAUCAACGAAGCUUCGCGCGGUGACCGGUGCCGCGACCUCUUCAUCAGUGGAGGCACAGGUGGCCGUGGCCAGGAGACUGACUUGCUUCGACAGCUGAUCAGCUUAUUGCUUGUCUACAUUGACAUGACCGUCGAGGACGAGGAGAACUGGGCCACCGAUGCCAAUGCAUUUAUUGCCGACGAAGAUGACGAGACGUUCGCAUACAGCUUGCGAAUCGCUGCUGCCGACUUGCUCGGCAUGCUCAUCGAAGACUUCCCUAUCCCUGCGCUCCGCUCCAUUGGUCAGCAAUUCCAUCAGCUCGUUCAGCAGGCCAACAAUGACAAAGUCAACGGCGAUCAAGACUGGUGGAAGGUUCAUGAGGGAGUCUUGACUGCGGUCGGAAGCAAUGCUGACGCCAUAAGCGAGAUCACCGAGACUCAGCCCGAAGCCAAGCAGGCUCUUGAUCUUGAAUGCAUCUUUGCCACCGUCGUUCUGCCCAAUGUUAGCAACGAUGCCCCCCCUUUCUUGCAAGGUCGUGGCUUUGUCUUUGCCUCUCAGUUUGCCACUGCCCUUCCUUCUGAGCUUGCCGUCCAGUUCCUCGACUCUGCAAUCAAUGCCAUCGAGUCCGACAGUGCCUCGCUUCCUGUCAAGAUCUCGGCGGUGCGCACCGUCAAGAACUUCUACCGACAUUUGCCCUCCAGCAUCGUGGGUCCUUUGGCACCUCGCAUCGUGCAGAAGCUCGGGCCCUUGCUUACACAAGCCUCCGAGGACACGCUUAUACUCAUCAUCGAGACUAUUCAGGCGGUUGUUGUUGAAGAGACAGAGAGUGGCGAAGCAACAACAACAGGGCUGGUCGAGCCGGCCAUCAUUGGCGAGAUCGUCAGAGCAGCUCUUCAAAUCUGGGCACCAAACGCCAAAGACAUCGUCCUGCUCUCCGUCAUCUCGGACCUGUUAGGGUUGUUAGCCGGGUCAAAGCAAACAGGAGUACCUCAGGUCAUUGUUGAGCAAAGUCUGCCUUUCUUGGCAGCUGCCAUCGGCUUGAGCUUGCCAGAACAAGCCGAUACUUCCACAGACGGAGAGCCUUCGGCGAUUGCAGAGACCGCUGUGGAGCUCGCCAAGAGUGUGCUGGAUGGCGCAAACCCCGCAGCUCUCCGCGGGGCUGUCAACUUCCUGUGUCCAAACCUCUUUAGGGUUCUCUCCGUUAGCGAGGACCGCGACGUGCUACAGAAUGGGAUUGAAUGCUUGACUGUAUUCGUCAAAAAGUGCACUCAGGAGCUGGUGGACUGGAAAGAUCCAAGGACGCAAUCAGCUGCAGUCGAUCUGAUGCUUCAGAUCAUCGCCAAAUUGCUGGUGCCGACGAAUGACUCUGAAAGCGGCGGCCUUGCAGUUGGCGAUCUCGUCGUUGCGCUCUUGAGGAAGGCUGGCGACCGCAUAGCGCACGUUCUGCCUCAACUGCUCAAUGCUAUGGUGCAGCGUCUUGCUACAGCGCAGACAGCAACUUUCUCGCAGUCGCUCAUCGUUCCUGUCGCAUAUCUUUUGCACGACAAUCAUGAGCAGGCCAAGCAAAUUAUGGAUCUUCUCGAAACCGUUCAGGUCGCACCAUCAGCAGAGAAUGCCGCAGCAGAAAGCGGCAACGGGCUCGAAGUGUUGUGCAAAAAAUGGGUGGAUAACGUCGAGACCUUCCAAGGCUUCUGGGCGCAACGCGUCAGUGCCCUCGCCCUGGCUAAGGUUCUCGAUAGCCGACGACCCUUCCUAACGGCCACUAACGUCCGAGGCGACAUUCUACCAGACAACUCUGGCAUCAUUCGAACACGCUCGCGCGCAAAGACGAUGCCUCACCAGUACAGCAGUGUUCCGAUGUUUGCCAAGAUCGUCAAGGUGCUGCUCAAAGAAUGGAGCUCAGCUUCUCGAGCUGGGGGCGGCGUUGCUGGUGGGAAUAGGGAAGACGGAGCACGCACGCCCGAGACAGACGACGAGAAUGGCGAAUGGGAUGACGAAUACGAUCCGCGCGCACAGGGCAAGGACGAUUUUGCAUUCCUGUCAGAUAUGCUUGGCCCUGGCGGUCUAGGUGCUCUGCAGAACGACGAUGACUUCGGGCUCGAAGACGAUGAAGACUUGAAGUCGGAUCCAGUAUACAACAUGGACCUCAAGAGCUGGUUAUCGCAGUAUCUGCAACACUUGGCACGGGCUGCUGGACGAUCGGAGUUCCAGUCGCAUCUCUCGCCACACUUGAAUGAGGAGGAAGCAUCGAUGCUCAACUCAAUUCUCGCAUGA